GCAAUGGCCGCGGUCAAUUUCGCUGUAGAACACGUAGAAACGGCUAUCCAUGGUGCAUAUCCAACCCCUCUUCCCCUUUCAAUGAUUUCACAAUAAGUCUGAUUUAAUGAGCCUGAUCCAGCUUGCUGGGCUUGACGAUAUCUUUUUAUAUUUUUCUGAGACAUCUCCUCGCCGUUUUUUGUGACAGUAUCGUUUACCGUAUCGUUUUCACAGGUGCACUCUACCACCAUGUACACAACGUGUAUCGCCUGUGCGACCGAAUGCUUUGAAUGUUCUGUACAUUUUUUCCCAAAUCAAGCUAUCGAGGAACCGGAACGCUUCCUUAGGCGCGCUACGAAGCUUCGUUGUGGAUCUUUCCGAAGGCAAAAUAAGCGCCGCGCGUUCACACCAAAUAUAAGAACGCAUAACAGGCUCCAUCUUGACCCCCACCACCACCACCACCACCCAGAUGUCGAACUUUUUGAGACGAGCCACACGUCGGGGCACCACCAACGGGACCUCAAACUACGUUUCUACCUCAGCUUCCCCGCCUCCUGAGCUAGGUCCAGAGCAAGAUAGCACGACUGUGCCUAUCAACCAGACGGACUACGCUCGUAGAUGCAGAGAUGUGAUGGAGUUGUAUCACGCUCUUCAGGAGCUAGGUGCGGAUAGGCUGUUCCCAACAUUGCCAAAGAUCAUCGUCAUCGGAGGUCAAUCUACUGGCAAAAGCUCGCUCGUAGAAGCUGUUUCUGGGAUCAAUGUACCCAGAGACAGCGGCACUUGUACCAGGUGUCCGAUGGAAUGUACAAUGAUCAGUUCAGCCUCGACCUGGUCAUGCACGAUCUACCUCAACUUCAAGCAUGAGAUAUCUGAAAACCCACAUGUUAGCCCGAACAGAGUGCGGUUUGGGCCCCUUAUUACAAACAAGGAUAGCGUCGAACUAUGGAUCCGGCGAGCACAAGCUGCGAUACUCUGCCCCCAUCGUCCCAGGGAGGAUUUUAUCAACAUGAGUAUGGCCAGCCUUCGUAAUCUUGCUACAGUCGACCUGGAAAUGCUACCAUUCUCAAAUGAUAUCGUCCAGGUGGAGUUGAGGGAUCCGGACCUGACAGAUCUGUCUUUCGUUGAUCUACCUGGGAUUAUACACAAUGCUGAAGAGGAAACAAUCAAGCUCGUUCAGGAUUUGGUAGUUUCCUACAUCGAAGGAUCGGAUAAUACGAUUGUUCUCAUAACUAUUCCAAUGACUGAUGACAUCGAAAUGCAAGCGGCGGUAAAACUUGCAAAGGAACGGGAUCCCGGGGGUGAUCGUACAAUUGGAGUGUUGACCAAGCCAGACAUGCUCACCGAAGGUGCCUCUGGUGCACGUCAGAAAUGGACACAGAUCAUUCUUGGGCAAGAUCAGAAACACAAGCUCAAACACGGCUACUAUUGCGUUCUUCUCCCGGACGACGAACAGCGUAGGCGCAAGGUCUCUCGAGACAAAUCCCAGGCACUGGCCAAGCAAUAUUUUGAGCGAACGACCCCUUGGAAAGAGUUCUCGAACCGCAGUCGGUUUGGCAUAACGGCGCUUGUACAUGAUAUCAGCCGACUUUUGGUUGGGCUUAUUGAGAAUUAUAUACCGACCCUGAGAGAAGGCGUCGACGAACUCCUCACAAAGGAUAGAGCAGAAUACAUCACCCUUCCUCUACCACCACUUACUGAUGAGGCGUGGUCUCAGAUCAUGAUGCUCAUCAAUAACUUCUGCCUUGAUCUCAAAGCUACUUUCGAGGGACAGGGAGAACACAAGAAGCUCGUACAGUGCAACCGCUCUAGGUAUAGGCAGUUCAAGCACGAUAUCCUCAAGACAUGCCCCAACUUCCGACCCUUUGAGGAUAAGGCCUAUUAUCGGGAUCUGUGUAUCGAGGAUGAAGAGUUUCAGGGUAAGGACAAACCGUAUGUUUACAUGGCAACGUCCGAGUACGUGAUGGAUAUCAAGGACGUCAGAGAGGAGAUUGUCAACUGUACUGCAUGGGAGCUUCCCGGUGAAGUUCCAUUGGAAGCAACACGCGUACUCAUUGAACGCUUUACGAAGGAGUGGUCCAAUCCUUCCAUGGAGUGUUUCGAUGCUGUCUACGAUGCGUCGUCAACAUACAUUCAAGGGUUGGUUACGCAACGUUUCGGCCAGUUCAAGCCCCUGGAAAAGCAUGUUAGUGCACUUGUGCGUGGUCAGAUGGAGAUCUGCAAAAGUGAAGCGCUCGUCAUACUUGGCAAGGCUGUCAAACUGGAGACGUCGCCCGUGUUCACUCAAGUACCACAAUACUUGAUGGAGCGCUCCAAGUGGUUUAGGCGGUUCCAUAGGGUCUAUACGAGUCCUAGUAGCUAUAGCUUGCAUUACAAUUUGAGGCCAUCCCCGCCUCCUCCAGCUCUGGAGACGACAGAAGACGAGGAAGUCCUCCAUGUGAUGGCCAAGGUCCGAGCAUAUUUUGAGUUGGCUUACAAGCGAUUUAUCGACAACAUUCCGCUUACUAUCGAGCAUGAGCUUCAUCAGCCCCUUUUACCUCGCUUGUCGGAGAGUCUUAUCAAGGAUAUGGGAGGGCCGGAUGCUAGGGAGAGAGCGAGGGAACUGUUGAGAGAGGAUCCGGUGAUUGCGAUGAGGAGGGAUGUUUUGAAAGAUCGAAUCGAACGAUUGGAGGAGAUAAGGAGGAAGAUCUAUGCCUUUACAUGAUGUCCUGUCUAUAUAUCCAUGUGCUUUGAGUACUUAUAAAAUGUAGUUCUAUUUUCUCACAGUGCCAUGCCUCUCAC